AUGAUAUUGCCAUCUGCUUUUGACUGCUUUUGUUUUGGUAAUAGUGCCUCUCCUCAUUGUUUGGAGCUUUUUCUAGACUUUACUUGUCCUUUUUCCAAGAAAUUGUUUAAAACGGUUUAUGAGCAAUUUUUUCCUUGGGUUCAGCAAAAUAAGAAUGACAUUAAGUUUUUAUUUCGUUCUCAGGUCCAGCCAUGGCAUCCAUCGAGUACACUGCUUCAUGAAGCAGUUCUUGCUGUUUCUAAAUUAUCAGAAAGUCAAACAAUUAAUUUUACUGCACAAUUGUUUGAACAUCAAGAGGAAUAUUUUGAUACAGCAUUAGUUCAAGAAAGUCGUUUAGAAACAUAUAAACGUCUUUCUGUUUUAGCUAAAAAUACAACUGGUAUAGAUCCAGAUAAAUUUAUGGAUUUAUUGUACAUAGAAGGUACAAAAAUAGGAGAAAAAGGAUGUAAUGUAGGGAAUAAGGUUACAACUGAUCUUAAGUUAUUAAUCAGAUAUUCGAGAGGUAAAUCAGUUCAUGUCUCGCCAACUGUUUUUUUCAACGGUGUUAUAAAUGAUUCUAUAUCUUCAAGUUGGACAUUUGACAAUUUUAAAGAAUGGUAUUCAAAGGCUAUGGAAUAA